AUGUUGAGGGAAUGUCAAGACGACCAGGAAGUUCACCAAGCUUCCCACAUGGAGUCUUUCCCAAAUGUGGAUGAUCCAUUUCCUUUACCACCACCAUACAUGUUAUCAGGUAUUGUGUCAGAGCAAAAUGUGAAAGUCUACCAAAUAAACUCGCCUGCUGACCCAGCUCCGCCGCCUUCAAUAGUGUCACCUUUUGCAGCCCCUGAUAAUUCCCGGGUAAGGAUUGUGAGCUACGAAGUUGAGCUGGACCGCGCUCCGGGGCUGAUGACAUGCAGAUUCUGUCAAACACAAGUCAUCACAGAGGUCACCUUCAAAGUGGGAACUUUUGCGUGGCUCAUGUGUUUUCUGUUUGUGCUCUGUGGGUUGAUUCUCGGGUGCUGCCUGAUUCCCUUUUUUGCGGACCACUUCAAAGAUGCCUGCCACAGUUGUCCUCGCUGCCAUCAUGUUCUUCAUGUUGAGAAGAGGACAUGCUUCAAAUGACGCGUCACUCAAGUGUCUGAGUCAAACUGUUAUGCUUGGUUGUGUAGCAGAAAUGUUCUUUUGAGUAGGAUUGUGUUAUUUAACAAAAUUUUAAUCAGGUUUUAAAAGAAAAGAUGUUGAAUAAAUGCUUUUUUUUU